AUGAGUUCUACUCCUGAGUAUAAUAAUGAUAAUACCAAGCCGGAACCGAUUCUGAGCCAGCAAAACCAUGAGGAUGGCCACGAGGAUGGCCUUAUUCCUCCGCCAAACGUUGAUGAUGCCGCCCUUGUCCGAAAAAUCGACAUGCGUGUCUUGCCAAUGCUAUUUAUCAUUUAUUUCGUCGCGUUUCUGGACAGAGUAAACAUAUCGAACGCACUUACUAUGAGCAUGCCGACUGAUUUAAAUUUGUACGGUGACCGGGCAAACAUCGCACUUCUAAUCUUCUACAUCCCAUACAUCAUUUUCGAGAUCCCCUCAAACAUCGUGAUGAAGAAACUCAAACCGCACAUCUGGCUUUCAGGCUGUAUAAUUGCCUUCGGCAUCGUCAUGCUCGGCCAAGCAUUCGUCAAAAGCUACGGCGGCCUAAUAGCAACCCGUUUCUUCCUCGGUCUCGCCGAGUGCGGAAUCUUCCCCGGCAGUUUCUACCUAAUCAGUUUCUGGUACAAACGCGCCGAAGCCCAGAAGCGUUUCACCAUGUACUGGUCAUCAGUAAUUUUCGCCGGCGCCUUCGGCGGCCUUCUUGCCUCCGGCAUUGCCAAAAUGGACGGCAUGCGCGGUCUAGAAAACUGGCGAUGGAUUUUCUUGCUAGAGGGCAUUGCGUCCAUUCUAGUCGGCAUUUUCGCGCUGUUUUUCUGCGCAGAUUUUCCGCAGCAGGCAUCUUGGUUGACGGAAGAUGAAAAGGUCGCGGUCAUUGCGAAGACGCGUAAUUUUGAAGACGAUGAUGUCUCGGUUACAAAGGCUGAUUUGGUUGCGUCUUCCAAGGACCUUAAGAUGUACCUGGCGGGGUUUAUGUACUUCACGAUCGUGGUCCCGAUUUACGCUUUCUCUUACUUCGCCCCGACCAUUAUCAAAGCCCUGGGAUACGGAACGAUUCAAACCCAAUUGCACAGUGUGCCGCCUUUUGCUUCUGCCCUCGGACUCUGCAUUGUAGUAGCAUAUUUCUCGGACCGCUUUAAUAUUCGGCUUCCGUUCAUUCUACUUGGUCAACUACUCAUCAUAAUUGGCUUAGCCAUCAUGUUGACAACGCACGGAAAGGGUCACUUUUCCGCCGAGUAUCUCGGCAUCUGCUUCAUCACCAUGGGUGCAUUUAGUUCCGGAGCCGUCAUCGUCUGUUGGGUCCUGAUGAAUAUGCGAGGUCACAAAGAGCGGAGUAUUGGAUCUGGCUUCGUGAUUGGUGUUGGUAAUGCCGGUGGUAUCGUCGCUGUCUUUUGCUUUACCAAAGAUGAUGCCCCAUUGUAUCGACGCGGCUAUUGGAUUCUGAUGGGUAUCACGCUGGCUGGAGUGGUGCUGAGUUUAUUGUAUGCUUUGGUUAUUGUGCGCGAUCGACGCCGUCAGAUUCGUGCUGAGGGGAAGGUUGAUAAGGAGAAGAUUCUGUCUCUUUAG